CUAGCUUCACAUAGGUGUCUCGACUCUCACACCGCAGUUGCUUUUGGUGUUGCUACUCGCUGUCAUUUCCAUUAAGACAGAGGGCAACGCGGCAGAACAGAGUUGGUUAGGAAACAAACACCGCUGACAAGUGAAAACCAAAGGCCCCCUGGAAAAAGUUUUCCUGUGGAUCAUUUGACUGCAGUUUGGUUGAAGUGAAAGGAGUCUCCAUCCCACUCUGUGAUUGUUUUGGAGAGACAGGCGAGUUGUGUGCUAAAGGACUGCGAUGCAUCGCUUAAGGACUUGCGCUGCCCGGCUGCGGCCGCUGACAGCCUCUCAGAGUGCUCAGAACUUUUCACAGCAGAGGCGUGUGGCCGUACCAAGGACUUUUCAGCCAUUAAGGUGCUACACCGCGCCUGUGGCUGCCGAGCCUUUCCUCAAUGGAACAAGCUCCAAUUAUGUGGAGGAGAUGUACUAUUCAUGGCUAGAGGACCCCAAGAGUGUUCAUAAGUCUUGGGACGUUUUCUUUCGCAAUGCCAAUGCAGGUGCUCCCCCGGGCAUGGCCCACCAGAGCCCUCUGAGCCUGGCCGGACUCCCUCAAGUCCAGUCUUUGGCAGGGGCUCAGCCCAACGUGGAGAAGCUGGUGGAGGAUCACCUGGCUGUCCAAUCCCUCAUUCGUGCCUACCAGAUCCGUGGGCACCAUGUUGCUCAGCUGGACCCUCUGGGGAUUAUGGAUGCCGAUCUGGACUCUCACGUCCCCAAUGACAUUAUAACGUCCUCGGAUAAACUCGGCUUUUAUGGACUGGACGAGUCGGAUUUGGACAAAGUGUUCCGCCUGCCUACCACCACCUUUAUCGGGGGCACUGAGACCGCCUUGCCCUUGAGGGAGAUAAUCCGCCGCCUGGAGAUGGCCUACUGCCAGCACAUCGGGGUUGAGUUCAUGUUCAUCAAUGACCUAGACCAGUGCCAGUGGAUCCGGGAAAAGUUUGAGAAGCCCGGCGUCAUGCAGUUCACCCUGGAGGAGAAGAGGACCCUGCUGGCCCGCAUGGUUCGCUCCACCAGGUUCGAGGAGUUCCUCCAGAGGAAGUGGUCGUCAGAGAAGCGCUUCGGCCUGGAGGGCUGCGAGUCUCUGAUCCCCGCCCUCAAGACCAUCAUCGACAAGUCCAGCGAGAAGGGUGUGGAGAACGUCGUCAUGGGCAUGCCACACAGGGGUCGUCUGAACGUGCUGGCCAACGUCAUCCGCAAGGAGCUGGAGCAGAUCUUCUGCCAGUUUGACUCUAAGCUGGAGGCUGCUGAUGAGGGCUCUGGUGAUGUCAAGUACCACCUGGGGAUGUACCACAGGAGGAUCAACCGUGUGACGGACCGCAACAUCACUCUGUCCCUUAUGGCCAACCCCUCCCACCUGGAGGCUGUGGACCCCGUGGUGCAGGGCAAGACCAAGGCCGAGCAGUUCUACUGCGGAGACACCGAGGGACACAAGGUGAUGUCCAUCCUGAUGCACGGUGAUGCUGCCUUUGCCGGUCAGGGCGUUGUGUACGAGACCUUCCAUCUCAGCGACCUGCCGUCCUACUCCACCCACGGCACGGUGCAUGUGGUCGUCAACAACCAGAUUGGCUUCACCACUGACCCCCGUAUGGCGCGCUCCUCUCCGUACCCCACUGACGUGGCCCGGGUGGUCAAUGCUCCCAUCUUCCACGUGAAUGCUGACGACCCUGAGGCUGUGGUGUACGUGUGCAACGUGGCCGCCGAGUGGAGAGCCACCUUCCACAAGGACGUGGUGGUGGACCUGGUGUGCUACCGGCGGUUGGGACACAACGAGAUGGACGAGCCCAUGUUCACUCAGCCCCUGAUGUACAAGCAGAUCAAGAAGCAGAAGGGAGUGAUGCAGAAGUAUGGCGAGAAACUUAUUGCAGAGGGGGUCGUCACGAGACAGGAGUACGAGGAGGAGAUUGCAAAGUAUGAUAAGAUCUGUGAGGAGGCACAUGUUCGCUCCAAGGAUGAGAAGAUCCUCCACAUCAAACACUGGCUGGACUCUCCCUGGCCUGGUUUUUUCAACCUGGAUGGCCAGCCCAAGAGCCUGACCUGCCCGUCCACUGGCCUGACUGAGGAGGAGCUGACCCACAUUGGUCAGGUGGCCUCCUCAGUGCCAGUCGAAGACUUCACCAUCCACGGAGGUCUGAGCCGUAUCCUGAAGGCCCGAGGGGAGAUGAUCAAGAACCGCACGGUGGACUGGGCCCUGGGAGAAUACAUGGCCUUUGGCUCUCUGCUCAAAGAGGGCAUCCAUGUUCGCCUCAGCGGCCAGGACGUGGAGAGGGGCACCUUCAGUCACCGACACCAUGUGCUGCAUGACCAGAACGUGGACAAGAGAGUUUGCAUCCCCAUGAACCACGUGGCCCCCAACCAGGCCCCCUACACCGUCUGCAACAGCUCCCUGUCUGAGUACGGCGUGCUGGGUUUCGAGCUGGGCUUUGCCAUGGCCAGUCCCAAUGCCCUGGUCCUGUGGGAGGCCCAGUUCGGAGACUUCCACAACACAGCCCAGUGCAUAAUCGACCAGUUCAUUUGCCCCGGCCAGGCCAAGUGGGUCCGCCAGAAUGGCAUAGUCCUGCUGCUGCCCCACGGCAUGGAGGGCAUGGGCCCAGAACACUCCUCUGCUCGUCCAGAGAGAUUUCUCCAGAUGUGCAACGAUGAUCCUGACGUGCUCCCGAGCAUCACAGAAGACUUUGCCAUUCGCCAGCUCCACGACUGCAACUGGAUUGUGGUCAACUGUUCGAACCCUGGCAACUUCUUCCACGUGCUGAGGAGGCAGAUUCUGGCGCCCUUCAGGAAGCCUCUCAUCGUUUUCACCCCCAAAUCCCUGCUGCGCCACCCCGAGGCGAGGUCCAACUUUGACGAGAUGCUGCCAGGCACAGACUUCCAGCGCCUGAUCCCAGAUAAUGGCCCAGUGGCCCAGAACCCAGCCGGGGUGAAGCGCAUCGUUUUCUGCACAGGGAAGGUGUACUACGAACUCACCAAGGAACGCAAGGCCCACGGCAUGGAGGACACGGUCGCCAUUGCUCGCAUGGAGCAGCUGUCCCCCUUCCCCUUCGACCUGGUGAAGGCUGAGAGCGAGAAGUACCCCAAUGCCGACCUGGUGUGGUGCCAAGAGGAGCAUAAGAACCAGGGCUACUACGACUACGUCAAACCCCGCAUGCGCACCACCAUCGAUCGCGCCAAGCCAGUCUGGUAUGCUGGUCGCCCUCCUGCUGCGGCCCCAGCCACAGGAAACAAGAAGGCCCACCUGGUGGAGCUGAAGAAUUUCCUGGACACUGCCUUCGAUCUGGACGCCUUCAAGGACCAGAUGUAACUCUUUCUUCCCGCUUCCUCUGUCCCAGGAUAAGGGGUAGCCUUCAACCUCCACUGCAACCCAGAGGCCCCUCCUCCUCCGUCCCAUAUGCCCACAUACCCCCUGGACUUGGAGCUUAGAGCAAGCCUACUCUCCUGGUGGGUGUCUCUGUCUCUAGCCCACAAAGGCAACAGUCCUGUUCAUUUAAGUCAUUGCUAUCUUCCCCUACCCAGGCCCUCCCUCAUCGACUCCCCCUGGUCCUGUCUCAGCGUGCCCUAGCCCACCUUCAUCAGACACAUGCCUCAAGACCACACAUUUAGCAGUAGACAACCAGCCAGCCAGCCAGUCAGGGGUCAGGAAAGAGAACCUUUGUACAGUCAGUGAUCCUUAGCUUGGUUUUUAUUUUCUCUACCUGUAUAUGUCUGGGUAACACUCCACUCACCAACACUAUAACCUUCUUGUGUUGGGUUUUGCUUAAGCCCUCUGUGUGUGUGUGUAACCAAAGCACAUUGUUUAUAAAGCUUUAUAUAUUUUUCAGUGUGUUUCAUUCUGUUGCUAUCCUUUUGAAAAGCGUCUCCUUACAUAUUUCAUCGCAGGUCUCCUUACAUAGCCAAAGGACGGGGCAACUGUUGCAACCAGUUUAAGAUAUGUACUGCUGGUAUUUGGCAAAACACACAACGGUUAGUUCAAUGUCAAUGGUCAGACCACAUCAUUUCGAGGAGAAUCAGGUGCCCCCCCCCUCCUGUUCUCUGCUCUGAGCACACUGCAGGGAUGAACUUGUCUUGGUCUCUACCCCUCCGUCUCUCUUCUCCAGGGCUAUCUAUCUCCUUGGUGAGUGCUACUGACAUCACCACCAUCUGCAACUGCUUUACAUUUGUCUGUUUAUUGGUUGCAUGUGUGUUAGGUUUUUUUGCCUUUCAAAUCAACUUUCUCAUUCUUGUAAUGGCUAUUAAAAUAUGAGGUAUUGAAUGCGGGAAAUGGGAAAUAUUUUCACUGUCACAUUGUCUUCAGUGAAAUACUAGUACAUUUAACAUGACAAAUGCUCUUUUAUCCAUCUUGCACCAUUUCUCACAAAAGAGGCUGAGACUUAGAUAAGGGAAAUUGGAGUGAUGAACCAGUGAGAUGAGUUGGUACCAUAUUUGCAUUUAUAUAUAUGAGUGUUGAACUGGUCAAAUGAGUUCCAUGUUUGCACUUGUAUAUAAAUCCACAUAGGAGAAGUUUGUAAAGGAUUGUUCAUAUAGCAAUGUCAGGGCAACUUCUGUCUUUAGAUACAUGGGCCCUAGCUCUGUUGUCCUACUGCAGAACAGGGCAAGCAGGUUGGAGCUGAUCCCCCCCCCCCCCCCCUACAUGUAGUCCUCUCAUGACUCUAGCUAAACACUGAUCUCAUCCAGAUGACAUAAACUAGACAUGGCACCUCUAGAUGUCUCAACAAUUCAUGUACUCAUUUUCCUCUUGCAACCCCUGUGCCAAAUUUGUUUUCAAGCAUUUCGCAUUAUUUUGAGGGUGUAUGAAUGAAUUGCCAGAGGAGUCUUUUUAGCUGCAUAGCUAAUUUAAAAAACAGGACAUCACCUUUUGUUUGGAUGGCUCCACGAGAAAGCAAAUGAUUUAUUUAUUUUCAUAUAGUCGAUUAAGAUUCUUUCCAUUUAAUUAUUUUUGCUUCAUUCAAUAAAGACUAUCUUCCCAAAUCA